AUGAAGAUAAGCCAAUUCGGUUCUCUAGCUUUCAUUCCUAUUGCACUACUACAAAUCCUCAUUGUUCAAGCACAACUUCUCACAGACUCAAAUGCUCAAGACUUAAAUACUGCCUUUGGGCAAAAAGUGCAAUACACCUUUCUUGACAAUGGAAGUUCUAACGAUCAAUUACUUCAUCUUCCAAGUACAACUUCUUCCGGCAUUAUUACUAGUUCAUUAGCUGCUACUAAUAACACAGGUUUUUCCUUAUCGUCAUCUCUACCAAAAGUAACUUCCAGCGUCGUAUCAUCUAUAAACUACCAAUCCUCAAACUCUACUGUAGUCACCCAGUUAACGUCACUACCUUCUUCAUCGGGAAAUCAAACAACAAGCCCUAAGACAACUAAUACAAUAAGUUCGAGUACAAGCACAGGAGGUGUAGGCUCAGUCAGGCCAUGUUUUUACUUUGUUUUAAUGUUGGAAACCAUCACUUAUUUGUUUUCUUAA